CGGUGAUGGACCGGACCCACGUCAGAGAUUUAGGCCGGUGACGAAUGAAGUUCUGGAUUCUAAAUUUCACAUUUUUGUUGACAUUUAAGAAUUUUCAACCCACCUUAGAGGUACCUAUCCAUAUCAAGGUAGCAACCCUGACAACCAAGUCCCGUUCUGUCUGGAAUAAGAUGAUUCUGAAUCGAUCAAGAAGACCUCAAGAAGAACCUAUUUAGAUUUCCUGCUCUGUGUCAACACCGACUAGCAAGUGCCUUCCUCUGUGGAACUUGGUGAAUCAGAUCCAAUCAACCCCAGACAAGACCUCAGGAAGACCAACACAGUCUGUAUAGCCAACGUGAUCGAUGCUCUCAUAAUCUGCGGCACAUGCUGUAAAAGACAGACAGUUGGGAUGCAAGGUACUUAUUGGAUCUGCUGUCAGCCAUCCAGAUCAGAGAAUUGCAAAAUGGACACACAAGUGAAAGCGAUUGUGGGAUUUCACUGUAAAUAAAUUGUCAAUUAAGUCUUAAGCUCAAUUCAGUUGUCAUCUUUAAUGAGUGUCCACACAGGUGAGGAACCUGUGAUAACUUCUGGUACCUGUGGUGUAGCCUUUUGCAUGCUGUCUAAACAGAAGUGAAUGUUAAUUGUUAAAAAAUCAUUUACUUGUGAGACCUGUGGUAAACCCUUUAUUCACUGAAAUUAUCUUGAAGAAAUUGAACAUAAGGCUGCACUUGAUCUGUGAUACAGCUAUUUCUGUGCGAGGUAGUCUAAUCAGAUAGAAAAUGAUGCAUAAUGAUAAGAAACCAUUUGUUUGUGAGACCUGUGGUAAAGCCUUUCUUGAGCAAAGCAAACUAAAACGACAUAAUAAGGUGCAUGCUGGCGUGAAAUCAUUCAUUUGUGAGACCUGUGGUAAAGGCUUCCUAAAUCAACAUGACCUAAACAGACAUAAUUACAGGAUGCACACUGGUGAGAAACCAUUUGUUUGUGAGACCUGUGGUAAAGGCUUCCUAUAUCGAUGUGACCUAAACAGACAUAACAUGAUCCACUCUGGUGAGAAACCAUUUGCUUGUGAGACCUGUGGUAAAGCCUUUUCCAAGCAAGGAAAACUAAAAAGCCAUAAAUGGGUGCAUACUGGUAAGAAACUGUUUGUUUGUGAGACCUGUGGUGAAGCCUUUUCUAAGCAAGGAACACUAAAAAGACAUAACAGGAGGGUGCAUACUGGAGAGAAACCAUUUGUUUGUGAGACCUGUGGUAAAGGCUUCUUACAAAGAUGUGACCUAAACAGACAUAACAUGAUCCACCCUGGCAUGUCUGGUGAGAAACCAUUUGUUUGUGAGACCUGUGGUAAAGGCUUCCUAUAUCGAGGUGACCUAAACAGACAUAACAUGAUCCACUCUGGUGAGAGACAAUUUGUUUGUGAGACCUGUGGUAAGCCCUUUUCCAAGCAAAGACAACUAAAAAGCCAUAACAGGGUGCAUACUGGAGAUAUAUCAUUUGUUUGUGAGACAUGUGGUAAAGGAUUCUUACAUCAAUGUGACCUAAACAGACAUAACAGGAUACACACUGGUGAGAAAUCAUUUGUUUGUGGGACCUGUGGUAAAGCUUUUUCUGAGCAAGGAAAACUAGAAAGCCAUUACAGGGUGCAUACUGGAGAGAAACCAUUUGUUUGUGAGACCUGUGGUAAAGGCUUCCUAAAUCGAUAUGUCCUAAACAGACAUAACAGGAUGCACACUGGUGAGAAACCAUUUGUUUGUGAGACCUGUGGUAAAGCCUUUUCUGAGCAAGGAAAACUAAACAGUCACGACAGGGUGCAUACUGGCGAGAAACCAUUUGUUUGUGAGACCUGUGGUAAAGCCUUUUCCAGGUCAACAACACUAAACAGCCAUAACAAGUUGCAUACUGGAGAGAAACCAUUUGUUUGUGAGACAUGUGGUAAAGGCUUCUUACAUCAGUAUGACCUAAACAGACAUAACAGGAUACACUCUGGCGAGAAACCAUUUGUUUGUGAGACCUGUGGUAAAGCCUUUCCUGAUAGAGGAAACCUAAACAGACAUGACAGGGUCCACAGAGGGGAGAAACUCUUUGGUUGUGAAACUUGUGGUAAAGCCUUUUCUCUGCAAAGUACUCUAUACACACACAAACUGAUGCACACUGGUAAGAAACCAGUUGUCCGUAAGACCUUUAGUAAAGCUUUUCUUGCAAAAGGUAAUCUAGAAAAACAUAGGAGGGUCCAUGCUGGUGAGAAACAUUUUGGUUUUGAGACCUGUAAUCAACAUCAAAUUCCAAACAGACAUAAAAAGAUGCGAUCUGGAGAGACCAGUGAUGAAGCUUUUUAUAGUCGGCAUAAUUUACACACACAUGACAAGUUGUAUACAGGAGACAAACCUUCUGUUUCUGAGACCUGUGAUGAAACCGUUUCAAAGCAAGGAAAAGUAAGCAGACAUAACAGGACGCAUACUGGAGAGAAACCAUUUGUUUGUGGAGCCUGUGGUAAAGCCUUUUCUACUCAAGGUAAUCUACGUGUACAUGAGAGGGGUCAUCCUCAAGAGAAACCAAUUGUUUGCGAGACCUGCGGUCAAGGCUUCCGAUGCCUGAGUGACCUAAACAUACAUGACAGGGUCCACACUGGUGAGAAGCCAUUUGUUUGUGAAAACUGUGGUAAAGCCUUUUUACAGCAAGAUACUCUAAACAGACACAGAAUGAUGCACACUGGCAAGAAACCAUUUGUUUGUGACACCUGUGGUAGACUUUUUGUCAACAAAAUUAAUCUAAAGAAACAUAGAAGAUCGAUCCAUGCUGGUGAGAAACACUUUGGUUGUGAGACCUUUGAUCAGUAUCUUCUUCCAAACAGAUAUAAAAGGAUGCACUCAAGAAAGAAACCAUCGGUUUGUGAGAAGUUUCGUAGAACCUUUUCCAAGCAAGGAAAACGUAACACACAUAACAGGGUGCAUACUAUGGAGAAACCAUUCAUUUGUGAGAUCUGUGGUAAAGGCUUCCCAUGCCAGAGUGUCCUGAACGGACAUGAAAGAGCGCAUACUGGUGAGAAGCCAUUUGUUUGUGAAACCAGUGGUAAAGCUUUUUCUGCCAAAGGAAAGCUUAACAGACAUGACAGUGCCCGCACUGGUGAUAAACCAUUUGUUUGUGAGACCUGUGAUCGAUCUUUUUCUUGUAGUUAUCGUGCCAUUGAGCACCAGAGGGUCCACACUGGUGAGAAACCAUUUGUUUGUGAAAUCUGUGGUAAAGCCUUUUCUCAGCGAGGUAGUCUAAACAGACAUGAGAGGGCACACACUAAGGAGGAACUAGUUGCUGGUGAGACCAGUGGUAAAGCAUGUAGUAGUCAAGGUAUUCUAAACACGCCUGAUAGGGCACAUACUGAAGAGAAACCGUUUGUUUGUGAGACCUGUGGUAAAGGCUUCCUUCAAAAGAGUCACCUAAACAGACAUAACAGGAUUCACACUGGAGAGAAGCCAUUUGUUUGUGGGACCUGUGGUAAAGCCUUUUCUCGGAGAGGUAGUCUAAACAGACAUGAGAGGAUACACACUAAUGAGGAACUAGUUGCUUGUGAGACCAGUGGUAAAGCAUGUAGUAAUCAAGGUAUUCUAAACACGCCUGAUAGGGAACAUACUGAAGAAAAACCAUUUGUUUGUGAGAUGUGUGGUGAAGGCUUCUUACAACUAAAUGAGCUAAUUAGACACGACAGGGUACACUUUAGCAGGAAGCCAUUUGUUUGUGGGACCUGUGGUAAAGCCUUUUCUCAGCGAGGUAGUCUAAACAGACAUGAGAGGGCACACACUAAGGAGGAACAAGUUGCUGGUGAGACCAGUGGAAAAGCAUGUAGUAAUCAAGGUAUUCUAAACACGCCUGAUAGGGCACAUACUGAAGAGAAACCGUUUGUUUGUGAGACCUGUGGUAAAGGCUUCCUUCAACAGAGUCACCUAAACAGACAUAACAGAAUGCACACUGGAGAGAAGCCAUUUGUUUGUGGGACCUGUGGUAAAGCCUUUUCUCAGAGAGGUAGUCUAAACAGACAUGAGAGGGCUCACACUAAGGAGGAACUAGUUGCUUGUGAGACCAGUGGUAAAGCAUGUAGUAAUCAAGGUAUUCUAAACACGCCUGAUAGGGCACAUACUGAAGAAAAACCAUUUGUUUGUGAGAUGUGUGGUGAAGCCUUCUCACAACUAAAUGAGCUAAUUAGACAUGACAGGGUACACUUUAGCGGGAAACCAUUUGUUUGUGAGACCUGUGGUAAAGGCUUCCCUCAUCAGAGUGCCCUAAACAGACAUAACAGGAUGCACACUGGAGAGAAGCCAUUUGUUUGUGGGACCUGUGGUAAAGCCUUUUCUACUGUGGGUAAUCUAUACGUACAUGAGAGAACACAUACUGGUGAGAAACCAUUUGUUUGCGAGACCUGUGGUGAAGCCUUUUGCACUAAAAGAAAGCUUAACAGACAUGAGAGAAGGCAUACUGGAGCGAAACAAUUUGUUUGUGAAACCUGUGGUCAAUCUUUUUUCGAAAGUCAUCAUGUCAUUGAGCACCAGAGGGUCCACACUGGUGAAAAACCAUUUGUUUGUGAAAACUGUGGUAAAGCCUUUUCUCAGCGAGGUACUCUGUACAAACAUGAAAAGACACACACUAAGGAGGAACUAGUUGUUUGUGAGACCAGUGGUAAAGCAUGUAGUACUCAAGGUAUUCUACACACGCCUGAUAUGGCACAUACUAAAGAGAAACCAUUUGUUUGUGAGACCUGUGGUAAAGGCUUCCCUCAUCAAAGUGCCCUAAACAGACAUACAUGUAAAAUGGUGCACAUUGGAGGGAAGCCAUUUGUUUGUGGGACCUGUGGUAAAGCCUUAUCUAUUCUAGGCAAUCUACUUGUAGAUGGGAGGUGUCUUGCUGGAGGUAGACCAUUUGCUUGUGAGACCUGUAGUAAACGCUUCUCGCAUCAAAAUGUUCCAAACAAACAUGACGCGGUCCACACUGUUGAAGCACCAUUUGUUUGUGAAACCUGUGGUAAAGGCUACUCUCAGCGAGGUUCUCUAAACAGACACAAAGUGGCGCACACUGGCAAGAAACGAUUUGUUUGUGAAACCUGUGGUAAAGAUUUUCUUGAAAAAAGUAAUCUUAAACAACAUAGAAGGAUACAUGCUGUUAAGAAACACUGGCUCUGAUGAGACCUAUAGGUGGUCAGCAUCGAAAUUGAAACAGACAGGAAAAGAUGGGCACCUUUUCUAGUUUACAUCGUCUAUGUGCACAUAGAGGGUGCAUACUGGAGAGAUUUGUUUGUGACAGCUGUGGUAAAGCAUAUUCUGAGCGAGAAAGACUAAACAGACAUGAUGUGCAGUUGUUAGAAACCAUUCGUUUUUGUUUGGUAAAGCUUUUCAUGAGAAAGGCAUUCUGCAGAAACAGAAGGGUCAUUGCUGUGGAAAAAAACCCUUAGUUGAGACACUGGUGGUAAAACCUUUCCUUAGGCAAGUAGUUUAAGUUACUGGACAUGAAAAGACGCGCUUAGGACAAACCAUUUGCUUAUGAGACCUUUGGUAAUGCUUUGAUUGUCAAAGUAAGCAACUCCGAUAUGAGAGUCUGAAGGAGUCUGGACAGAUGAGAGAAAAAAAAUUGCCGGUGUAACCAUUGGUAAAGAUUUUCCUUGUCCAGGUGUAAAUCUACAUGUAGUCAUGUACCUGCACAUUACAGCGUGCAUACAAUUGUGGGAUCUGUGGUGAAACCUUUGCUCAGCUUGGAAGUCUAUUAAAAGCAGACACAAACUAAAGGCACACUGAUUACAGAAACCAUUUGCUUUUGGUAAAUCUUUUCUUGAUUAAAAUAAUCUAAAAAAAAAAACAGUGGAGGGUCAUUGCUGGCAA